AAGGUGCAAAGCGUGUGCAUUCGUUAACUCCGUUAACACGCCGAAGAGUGACUGGUAUACAAACACAGCUAACGAAACGUGACCUGCAAAGGCCUCAUUGCCGAGACGGGGUGAUGGCGGCGGAUGGUGGAGCACCAGAACUUAUAGACAUUUAUGAUGACCUCAAUCAAAACAACGGAGAGGAAGGGGAUUUCAUGGCUUCUGCUGACCCAAAUGACCUAUAUGACGAUGUAGUAACUGGUUCUGUGGACCAUAUAAGGUUAUCAGGAGGGGAAGCCAGGAUGCUCAACAAAGACCAAGCACAUACAGUUAAAGUUAACGUAAAUACUAACCUUAAACCACAGACAACAUUCGGUCAGAGUGGGCUUCAACAAGGCAAGAGGCUUUCAGUGUAUGUUGGAAACUUCUCAUGGUGGACUUCAGACAAGGAUCUGUUUAACGUGGCAAGAUCAAUCGGAGUCACAGACAUUUUGGAGAUCAAGUUUGCAGAGAAUCGGGCUAAUGGCCAGUCCAGAGGCUAUGCAGAGCUCGUGGUUUCCACCGAGAUGUCUUUGCACAGGUUGCUGGAUGUCAUUCCCCAGCUUCGCAUCAAUGGAGAGAGGGUAGAGUGUCGUUUCGCCACAAGGCAGAACCUUGCCAUAUUUGAAGCGCAGGCCAACAAACGUAUUCCUCAGCGCUCAAACUCCAUCAAGGAGUCAGAGACACUACCCAUUUCCAGCAUCGGUCACGGUGCCCUUCCUGCACCAUCCACCCCCUCUGAGCCACGGCCCCCAACUACCCCCAUCAUGUCCUUACCACCACCCCCCAUCACUCACCAACAAGCCAACAAGCUCUCCAACAUGCCGAUGCCCUUCUACGGUCGACCCCCUCUAUAUCCCCCUCCCGGGCCCCCUCCCAUGCUCUUACCUCCGCCGAUACCUCCCCCAAUGUUCCCUCCGCCACCCCCACAUAUACCACCAAGCCAGCCACCACCCGCCCUCCACAUCAACCCAGCCUUCUUCCCCCCUCCGCAGGAUGGUUACGGCACCAACCCGCCCUUCCCCCCGCCAAGGGACAGGGAAGACAACACGCCACCCCUGCCAGACAGCGAAUAUGACGAGCUGAUGAACAGGAACAAAACCAUCGCCAGUAGUGCCAUCAGCAAGGCUGUGGCAGCAGCCGCCACAGGAGAUGUGUCCUUGGCCAUAGAGACACUUCUCACAGCAAUUGCCGUGAUCAAACAGUCUCGUGUGCAUGGUGAUGAACGUUGCCGAGCUUUGGUCACGUCACUCAAAGACUGUCUCUUAUCUAUUGAGAGCAAGUCCUACAGCUCAAGAAAAAGGCAUCGUUCUCGUGAGAGGGAGCGCUCACGCGACCGGGACCAUCGAGAGCGCGACAGGGACAGAGAGCGCGAUCGAGAUCGUGACCGCAACAGAGAGGGUUCCUACAGUCAGAACUGGGACGAAGGAGGCAGCGGAGGAGGGAUGUCACGUCGCUACAGGGAGCGCUCCCUCAGCUCCGAGAGGGAUCGGGACAGAAUGCGAGGCCAGCGGGACAGGCAUCGGGAGCACAGGGACAGACACCGCUAGGUGCAGCUUUAUCCAUUUUUUCCGCUCUUUCUCUCUCACUUUCUUCACCUUUUUCAAUAGAAAUAGACAACUAUGAACUCAUCACUUAAGUCUCACCUUGGUAAUGCAGGUGUCCACAUCACCUAAUUUAUUUUCUUUGAGAGAAUUAAAGAAAAAAAAGCUAUAGAAAUUUUUUUCACAGAUUUCAUAUAGUUUCGCUUUUGUGCCACACAGGGAUCUGUGAGAAAAUAACUUUUGCGCCAUAGUGGAGGGUCCUUUGGAAUAAGGACUUUGUGCCAGGAUGUCUCUGGACCGACAGGUAGAGACAUGCAGUCAGAAGGAUUUUGUCCACCUUCUUUUGUUCCAAUGUUCAACAAACUGACCCCAACCGUACUGCACUCUUCUCCACAAGGCAUUGUUCAUACUCUUGUAUUUUCCCCCACCACCAUCACCCAUGAAUGUUGAAACAAGCAUCUCAACUUACCAAAUGUAACCACGUUCCAUUUCUAAUCAGUUGAUCGGUUUUGACUGACAGGUGACUGUGGUACUGUUAGUUUUGAUUUUUAUAUGUUUGUUUGAUCAUUUGUUUUGUUAUUUUGUAAGUACAAUCUCAGAAUUAAAAAAAAAAAUCUGUGUA